AACACAGCCUUGUGGGACAGGGAAGAAUGCGCAGGCUGAUGACGUCAGCUCCCUCUCUCCACGUGUUUACCGUAAAUACAUGUCUGCCGGCUGCCGGGUAGGAGUUUGUCGAUUCACUGUGUGUCUGGGGUUGAGAAGAAUUAACAGAUAUGACGGAGGACAUAGGAAGACUUCUUGUCCAGUUUAAGAAUGAAAAUGGGGAAGUGCUGGGAAGCCCCUUUGAUGUACCUGUGAAUAUAACACCUGAUAAAUUGCAGUUAGUCUGCAAUGUUCUCUUAAAUGAGGAGGAUCCACCGCCUUUGGCAUUUUUUGUCCAUGAAACCGAGAUUCUAACGUCCUUGGAUAAGACUUUGGAGAAAGAGUCGGUGGAAACAGAAAAGGUCUUGGAUAUCAUCUACCAGCCACAAGCUGUCUUCAAGGUCCGCGCUGUGACUAGAUGUACCAGCUCCUUGGAGGGACAUACUGAAGCAAUCAUUUCUGUAGCUUUCAGCCCAACUGGAAAAUACCUGGCCAGUGGGUCUGGAGACACCACAGUUCGCUUCUGGGAUCUAAACACAGAGACACCUCAUUUUACUGCCAAAGGACACACACACUGGGUGCUCAGUAUCGCUUGGUCUCCAGAUGGGAAAAAACUUGCCUCAGGGUGUAAAAACAGCCAGAUUUGCAUUUGGGACCCCAGCACAGGCAAGCAGAUUGGAAGAACGUUAACUGGGCACACAAAGUGGAUAACAUGGCUUUGCUGGGAACCUCUGCAUUUAAACCCUGAAUGUCGAUACCUAGCAAGUUCCUCAAAAGACUGCAGCAUACGUAUCUGGGAUACUAUUUCGGGCCAGUGUCAGAAGAUCCUUACAAGCCACACACAGUCGGUAACUGGAGUGAAGUGGGGUGGAGAUGGCCUGCUCUACUCCUCUUCACAGGACAGGACUAUAAAAGUUUGGCGAGCCCAUGAUGGAACCCUGUGCCGGACAUUACAAGGCCAUGCGCACUGGGUUAACACUAUGGCUCUCAGUACAGAUUAUGUCCUGCGCACAGGGGCCUUUGAGCCAGCUGAAGCCUCUAUCAAUCCACAGGAUAUGAGUGGCCCCUUGGAAAUUCUGAAAGAGAAAGCUUUACAGAGAUACAAUCACAUCCGGGGGCAGGGUCCUGAGAGACUUGUGUCAGGCUCAGAUGACUUCACGCUGUUCCUAUGGAACCCAGCAGAGGAUAAAAAGCCUAUACAGAGGAUGACGGGUCACCAAGCUUUGAUCAACGAAGUUCUCUUUUCUCCUGACACCAGAGUCAUUGCCAGUGCAUCAUUUGACAAAUCAAUAAAGCUCUGGGAUGGCAAGACUGGGAAAUUCAUUGCUUCUUUGAGAGGCCAUGUCUCCGCCGUGUAUCAGAUUGCCUGGUCGGCAGACAGCAGAUUAUUGGUGAGUGGGAGCAGUGACAGCACUCUCAAAGUGUGGGAUACAAAGACAAAGAAGCUGUCUGUGGACCUCCCAGGGCAUGCAGACGAGGUUUUUGCUGUUGACUGGAGCCCAGAUGGACAGCGAGUAGCAACUGGUGGAAAGGACAAGUGUUUGAGAAUAUGGAGGCGUUGAGGAAACUAAAAGAGGUUCUUGGGACUGCUCCUGUGAUAAUUAAGACUACAGUUGUGUUCCUGCAAUGAAAGUGGUAGAUCCUGUGCCUGGUCCAUAUGAACUCGACCUGAAGACCCAAGUUUGAAUUUUCAAUAGAAAGUUCCAUUUUCAGAAAGGGGCAGACCAUCCUUCCAUAGUAGGCAAUGACCACCUAUUUCAGUAUUUCAGUCUCAACAACUGAUCGUACCAUGGAAAAUUUUUAUUAACUGUACACCAACUGGGGGAAACCUAAAGCUUUUAAUGGGGCCCCUUGCUGAACUGGUUGGAUGGCUCUGCUAGUUUUAAUGUAUGUUAAGUACACUUACCUUUUAAGUGGAGGUCUAUAUAUUUACACCAUAAUCCGGGCCAUAUAUCGGAAAUUAAAUAUAUUUGGCUAUA